AUGUCUCACAACCAUGUCGAUGUACUUGUCAUUGGCGCUGGCCCAACUGGUUUGGGUGCUGCAAAGCGCCUCCAGCAGAUCGACGGCCCAUCAUGGAUGAUUGUCGACCGCAACGACGUUCCAGGCGGUCUCGCUUCUACAGACGUUACUCCUGAGGGUUUCCUCUACGAUGUCGGCGGCCACGUUAUCUUCUCGCACUACAAGUACUUCGACGAUGUCAUCGACGAGGCUCUCCCCAACGAAUCAGACUGGUACCACCACCAGCGUAUCUCCUACGUCCGCUACAAGGGUCUGUGGGUGCCAUACCCAUUCCAGAACAACAUUUCUAUGCUGCCAAAGGAGGAUCAGGUCAAGGCAAUGGAUGGUCUGAUCGACGCCUCUUUGGCUGCAACACAAGUGCGCGACAAGCCAAAGGACUUCGAUGAGCACAUCAUGAGGACCAUGGGCAGCGGCAUCGCAGACAUCUUUAUGAGGCCAUACAACUACAAGGUGUGGGCUGUGCCCACCACAAAGAUGCAAGCCGCAUGGCUCGGCGAGCGUGUCGCUACACCAAACCUCAAGCUGAUCACCAAGAACAUCAUCUUGAACAAGACCGCAGGCAACUGGGGUCCAAACGCCACUUUCCGCUUCCCGGCAGAGGGCGGAACUGGUAACAUCUGGAUCAAGGUCGCUGAGACCCUUCAGAAGGACAAGACUCGCUUUGGCAAGCACGGUGAGGUUCAGCUUGUGGAUGCUGAGAACAAGAGAGUUCUUCUUGGCGACGGUACCACCGUGAACUACGCCAAACUCGUCUCCACCAUGUCUGUCGACUAUCUCGUUGAGGCCAUGAAGGACGAGGAGCUUCAAGACCUGAGCAAGGGUCUGUUCUACUCUACUACCCACGUCAUUGGGGUUGGUAUCCGUGGUGAGCGGCCAGAGCGUAUCGGCGACAAGUGCUGGCUCUACUUCCCCGAGGACAACUGCCCAUUCUACCGCUCUACCAUCUUCUCCAACUACUCCCCCAACAACCAGCCGAAGGCAUCCGUGAAGCUCGCCACACAACAGCUUGCCGAUGGGAGCAAGCCAACGGACACAUCUGCCAAGGAAGGACCAUACUGGAGCAUUAUGCUUGAGGUUUCCGAGUCCAGCAUGAAGCCCGUCGACCAGAAGACCCUGCUCGCAGACUGCAUUCAGGGUUUGAUCAACACCGAGCAGCUCAAGCCAACCGACGAGAUCGUUUCUACCUACCACCGCAGAUUCGACCACGGUUACCCAACUCCUUCGCUCGAGCGUGAGGGCGUUCUCACUCAGCUCCUGCCUAAGCUCAAGGAGCAAGGCAUCUGGUCUCGUGGCCGCUUCGGCUCCUGGAGAUACGAGGUCGGCAACCAAGACCACAGUUUUAUGCUUGGUGUUGAGGCCGUCGACAAUAUCAUCAACGGCGCUGUGGAGCUUACACUCAACUACCCAGACUUUGUCAACACACGACAGAACACCGAGAGACGGUUGGUAGAUGGUGCCCAGGCGUUCAAGAAGCAGAGCAACGGCAUCCCGGUGAGGCCCAAUGCAUAG